CUCAACCCCGCCAGCAAGGUCUUAAGAUUCUUUGUGUCCUCACUAUGACCGUCAAACCCGACCGACAGGAGAACCUGCCCUGUCACCCCGAAGCUUGCAAGAUUCAAAAGUGUCUUUCUCAGAACAACUAUGACGAAACGAAAUGCCAGUCUGCUGUUCUCGCUUUGUACCAAUGCUGUGGAGCCUUCUACGCCCACCAAGGGAAUACAGCGGCGACGCCGAGUUGUCCCAAGCCAGAUUUAGUGAGAUUGAAAUUGAACCAAAUCAAGACGGAGACGGAUAAGAAAUCGACUGCCUAGAUGUUUGUUGCUUCUUGUGCACAGGACCACAACGGGGUCCCCAGGGGAUCCAUGCCUAACUAAGGGCUUCGGACCUCGGGGUUUGUCGAACAGACCAUAGUGUUUUCGAUUACGUAACGGGCCGGAUUGCCAAGAUUAUAAUCCGGGUGGACGCUUGCAGAAUCUGCACUAUAUAAAAUACGGUGGCAGCGGUUCCCUGACGGUCCAACACAGUUAUAAGUAUACAUAAUCUGUUAGCACACAAAUAAGAUACGCCAAAGAUGUGUGUGUGUAUUGAAGAAGAGUAAAAGAUACUCUGCGGAAAUAUCUAACUAUAAGGUAAAAUAAGGGGAAAUCGAUAUAGAUAUAUCGGUCGGAAGUACUCUAUCCGUGUAUAAAAUAGCGCAAGUUAUACCCCGAUAUAGUAGCUAUAGGCAUCUAACACACCCCCCUAGA